AUGGACGAUAUUCGGGACCAGCCUGGACUUUGUUCUCGUUUCUUUUCGUCUUUAGGGGUUUAUCAAUACUACUUGGAUAGGCUCACUCCAUACACUUCUAUUCGUUGGGUCAUUGCUGUGUCAUUAAUACUCAUUUUUGUUUGGAGAGUUAUUGGAUUUUAUAUCGUCACAUAUGCUUUGUUCAUUUAUUAUUUAAAUUUAUUUCUUGCCUUUCUCACUCCAAAAAUUGAUCCAGCUAUGGAAUUUGAUGAAGAUGAUGAAGGCCCUGUUUUGCCAAAAAGUAAUUCUGAAGAAUUUCGGCCCUUUAUGCGGCGUUUACCUGAAUUUAAAUUUUGGUUAUCAACAAUGAAGUCAACACUUGUUGCUUUUACCUGCACAUUUUUUGAGGUUUUUGAUGUACCUGUAUUUUGGCCAAUUCUCGUCAUGUAUUUUAUUGUGUUGACAUGUCUUACAAUGAAAAGACAAAUUAUGCAUAUGAUAAGAUAUCGUUAUAUUCCAUUUACAACUGGCAAACCUCGUCCAAAAGGAAAAGAAGAUAGUGGAAAAGUUGUUAUUGGUUAG